GAGGUGCUGGACGUGAACGACAACGCGCCGGAAAUCGAGCUGAGCUCCGUGAGCGCGUCCAUCCCCGAGGACGCCCCGCCGCGCACCGUGGUGGCCCUGCUGAGCGUGCGGGACCGCGACUCCGGCGACAACGGGCGGACGGAGUGCGCCAUCGAGGGCGACGUGCCGUUCAGCCUGACGGCCGCGUUCGCCGACCACUACGAGCUGCGCACCAGCGCGGCCCUGGACAGGGAGACGACGGCCGAGUACAACGUGAGCAUCGUGGCGGCGGACCGGGGCCGGGCGCGGCUGAGCGCUCGCGAAAGCGUGCGGGUGCGGAUCGGCGACGUGAACGACAACGCGCCGCGCUUCACGCAGGCGGCGUACAGCGUGUGGGUGAGCGAGAACGAGGCGGGCGCGGUG